GUGUUACGCCGCUGGACGUCCCUCUAUGAAAGACGUCCGUUCAUUUUUGUAAAAUUACAGCUUUGAAUUUCAACGUUUUCGCUGUUUCUUAUCCUCUAACCCAAGAUGAUUGAACCUAAGAAGAGAGUAGCGGACAUGGCGGUGGUUCCCGCCGCCGUGAAGCGGCCUCGGACGGAGCUGGUGGCGGCGGCUCAGUCACAGCAACUCGUGGCGAUGGGCCCCCCGCGAAGCUCCAGCAUGCAGGCUCCCAUCAUGCUGAUGUCUGGCCACGAGGGCGAGGUCUACUGCUGCAAGUUUCAUCCUAACGGAGCCACGCUGGCCUCCUCGGGAUUUGACAGACUCAUAUUGCUGUGGAAUGUGUAUGGAGAUUGUGAAAAUUAUGCCACGCUGAAGGGCCACAGUGGAGCAGUGAUGGAGCUGCACUACAACACAGAUGGCAGCGUGCUGUUUUCAGCCAGCACAGACAAGACUGUCGGUGUGUGGGACAGUGAAACAGGUGAGAGGAUCAAGCGUCUGAAGGGCCACACCUCCUUCGUUAACACCUGCUACCCGGCCCGCCGAGGGCCCCAGCUUGUCUGCACCGGCAGCGACGAUGGGACAGUAAAGCUGUGGGACAUCCGUAAGAAGGGGGCAAUCCACACUUUCCAGAACACCUAUCAGGUGCUGGCCGUCACCUUCAACGACACCAGUGACCAGAUCCUGUCAGGAGGCAUCGACAACGACAUCAAGGUGUGGGACCUGAGGCAGAAUAAGCUGAUCUACAAUAUGCACGGCCAUGGCGACUCAGUAACUGGACUCGCACUGAGUUCUGAGGGAUCAUACCUUCUCUCAAACUCCAUGGACAACACAGUGCGCAUUUGGGAUGUUCGACCAUUCGCGCCCAAGGAGAGAUGUGUGAAGAUUUUCCAGGGCAAUGUCCACAACUUUGAAAAGAAUUUGCUGAGAUGCUCCUGGUCUAACGAUGGCAGUAAGAUAGCUGCAGGCUCAGCUGACAGAUUUGUGUAUAUUUGGGACACCACAUCACGUAGAAUCCUGUACAAGCUGCCUGGCCAUGCUGGCUCUGUCAAUGAAGUGGCCUUCCACCCCGAGGAGCCCAUAGUGCUGUCUGGCUCCAGUGAUAAACGGCUCUACAUGGGAGAAAUUCAGUAGGGUGUUUAUGUGUGCAAACUUGCGUGUGUGCGCGUAUGUG